UGUGGGCCGGAGUGAAGGGGCGGGACGCGGCCGUGUGGCUCCGCUCCCCAACUGCGUUCACGCAGGAAACAAGUCCAGAACGUCCGGAUAACACGGCGGAGGUCGCAGUCCGCGUCUGGAAGCACCGCUCACCGGCAGCCGCACCGUUCCAGGUCCGGCUCGCGCCGUCAGAGUCCGGCUGCUGCCCGCCCCCGUCUGAACUCCUCACCGUGGGACCACAAAGCCCCUCCCCCAGCCCCCAUCCUUUCACUGAAUCCCCCCCCUGCCCCUCCAGCCGCUGGGUAAUCCUCAGUGGGGGCUGUUGCGCGUCUGUCAUGGUCACUGCUGUGGAGUUUCCCCCCAGGAAAGACUAACAGGAGAGCAGAAGGCAGCGUGACGGAGGGGGGUGGCAGCUCUGAGCUCAGGGAGGGGGCAGCCACAUGAUGUAGGACCUCCACCCCCCCCACUGCCAAAACCAGAGUGGAGCGGACUUCACCCCUAUAGAGGAAAACCACUGUUCUGAGCGGACUAUCGGCCCCCCACUCACCAAAAGUGCCUUCUCCCCCCACCCCCUUCUUCGAAUUUGAGCGAGGAGGCAGUUCCAGCAUCCCACCGCCAUGGCGCUCCAGUCCAAAUGGCGCUACGGCUUCAUGUUCCUGGGCAUCCAGCUGGUGGUCAUGGCCCUGCUGUCCCGGGAGGGGUACCACCGCAGGGUCACCUACUUCAUCCGCAUCUUCCGCAGGCCCGGCGCCACCAGCCUACCGCAUCAUAACCUAACGGUGGAGGGGAACGCCAUGGACGUUUACUCCAACUUGUCCAACUUGUUCCUGAAGUACAACCGCAGGGACAACCUGCCGCUCUGUCCAAAGACGUCCCCCUUUGUAGGAGGGCCCAUCCACGUCAGCUUCCCCUCACGACUCACUCUGGCCAAUGUGGAGGGGAAGAACCCGCUGGUGAUGCAUGGGGGGCGGUACCGGCCGCCUGACUGCGAGGCGCGACACAAGACGGCCAUCAUCAUCCCACACAGGAACAGAGAGCACCACCUCAAGUACCUGCUCUACUUCCUUCACCCGUUCCUGCAGCGGCAGCAGCUCAACUAUGGCAUUUACAUCAUUCACCAGGCUGGAAACUACACCUUCAACAGAGCCAAGCUCAUGAACAUCGGCUUCAGGGAGGCCAUGAGGGAGGAGGACUGGGACUGCCUCUUCUUCCACGACGUGGACCUGAUUCCUGAAGAUGAUCGCAACACGUACAUCUGCGACGCCAACCCCAAACACGCCGCCAUCGCCAUGGACAAGUUUGGCUAUAAGCUGCCGUACAAUAUGUACUUUGGGGGGGUGUCGGCCCUUUCUCCUCUGCAGUACCUGAAAAUGAACGGCUUCCCCAACAACUACUGGGGCUGGGGGGGCGAGGACGAUGACAUCGGGAUCAGGGUGUCUCUGGCGGGGAUGCACAUCAGCCGCCCGCCUCUGAAACACGGCCGCUACAAGAUGAUCAAACACAAUCUGGACCAAGGCAACGACGUCAACCCCAAGAGGUUCAACAUGCUGGCGAAGACGCGCCAGACGUGGAAGCUGGACGGGAUGAACUCUCUGGAGUACGAGUUGGUGUCCCGGCAGUACCUGCCGCUCUACGCCAACAUCACCGUCAACAUCGGUACCGAAAAGGGCCUGAAGACGCUGAUCAAGGCUCCUCCUCCUCAGGCUGCUGCCAAAGACGAACCAAUAGACAAAGAGGCAGCCAAAGUGCCGCCCAAACCCUGAAGGGGGCGCUGCUCCUCCUGCAGGACGCGGCAGAAGCUCCGCCUCCUUGUGGACCGCUGGAGCGAGCGAAUGGAAGUGACCUUCCUGUGGAGAGGCGGAAGCCGGGAACCUCGUGAGGCCUUCUGAACCGUUUCCCAAUGCAGAGACUGAACUGAAACUGGGGAGCCGCAGACCUCCACCUCUCAUCCCAUCGCUGAUCAUCUGCUGAUGCGAUGAAGAUGAAGAGGAAGAUGCCAAAUCUGCGCCUUUCCUUUGCUUUGGUCUUGGAGCUGAUGCGGCAUCUUCAGCAGAGCUGGGAGGAGCUGCAUCAGCUCUACCUGUGAGAUUCUAGAAAAUGUUGACUUCUUCCGUUUCCGACAGCUGAUUGUUGCCACGAGGGGGGGCGAGUCCGGCUGCACCGGCAGGAGAAACCAAAGACGUUUGAGCUCCACCUGCUGGAGGAACUUUUUCUAUUCUUUCUAUCACUUGGUGUUGGUUUGCUGAGAUACGGAGGAGCCUUUCCACCCAUCCGGAUGGAUGUCUGCUGGUUAUCACUUUAGUCCCUCCUCCUCCUCCACCCACUCGUCCUGCUGCGGCGGUUGGAGGGGCUGCGGGACGCCCUCAUGGGGGGUCUGUGGGGUUAUUUCUGCUUUUCUUGACUUCUGCACAGUCCACAGUGGCCUUAAGUUCCCUAAUAAAACCUUCAGAGUAAA